UAGUAGCGUCCCAGGCCAUAUCGAGCGAGAAAACUAGGGAUAUGUCGCGGCACCGGCAGCAGAUGCCUCAGACGUCCAUCGUCGUGGGCGGCGCGGACCAGUUCGGGGCACUCGUCGUCUCAAACGCCAAGCAGCUUGUGAAGAGGCACCCUGUCAUCAGCGUUUCGUGGGUUGUGGGUCUGCUGGUGUCGACCCUCGCUUCUGGCUACACCCCGUCUACAACGGCCAUGCAGAACUACGAGAACAAGAUGAUUGGCCUGGACGAUGAAUCUGUGAUGCGAGCACAAGGGGAGAUGGUGUACUGGGACGAUAUCUACAGGAGGUCGAAGGGGAUGUUCUGGACGUGUAACGAGCAAUGCACUGCCAACAGAAAGGAGUUCGAGCGGCGUCGGAAGACUUACCUCGACCUCAACAAGGCCUACCUGAAGGGGGAGGCAGAUGCGAAAUCCGAGCUCGGGAUUUUCUCCGAGGAUGGCGUCGAAGAAACUCGAGACCUGUUCUGGCGGAAGGUGUCCGGGGGAAAGCAGUUCGCUAAGCGGGCGACGAUGUGGGAUGCCAUGUUCGUGGGCAUCGGCACCAUGACCAGACGGGACGAAGGGCUAGCUUCAAUUGUUGCAAGGAUUGCUUUCCGGUUCGUGGUGAACCUUACCAUGGGACUCUUCAUGGCGGUUUUCCAGUUCCUCUUCUCCAUGUGGACCGUCAUCUGGUCCUACCAGCCGGACCCGCUCUCCACCCUAGCCUUCGCGGCCAUGGCGGCUCUCGGAGCGGUGUCUAUGCUUGCGACGUGGCUGCUCGGCUUGGCGGCGGUGGGGGUCACGGGGGUUUACACCGUAGCGAAGCUCGCGGAGACCGCACAGAUCGAGGCUGCCCGGCAACAGGGACAAGACCCGCGACGUGGGCACCCUCCAGUUUGACCCCAGUAGAGACCAGGAUACCUAAAUGGUUCAUCAAGCUGAGCAGCGUGACGGCGGAGGGUAUCUGAACAAGUUGGAGAUUGUAGACGAGUUGAAUGGCCCCCGACCUUCGGCGUUUUUGAGGAAACGACCAAGCGUGUGCAUGUACCGGUCUGUCCCCCUACAACGUGCUGCGAUGUAAAACUACUUGUACGACAUAUAUAUAUAGUAGACGGACGUCUUGGCCGUCGUGGCCUACAGUUCACUCUAAAUAUGUCGGUUGCAGCGGCCGGGGUUCUCGGAUCGUCUCAAACCUGAUUAGAUUGCAUAAGGUACCACACCCCCAGCCUAUUUUCAAACCUCAAUCACUCCACGGCGAAGACGGUGCCAAAAUCAAGUGACCCGUUUGCGGAAAAAGCUCUUGGCGAGGCGUUUCCAAAGGCGCUAUUCCGGGCACCAUUUCGUUUUUUUGUUCCGUAAGAGUGAAAUCGACCUUUGAAAUUCGGUCCGGGGUAUGUGGUAUCUUGUGCCACCUAUGGCAAUACUUCACUUCGGGAAUUG